AUGGAAGGUUCCAUGAAGAGAGCCUAUAAUGUGGUCGAUUUUGGUGCCCAACCCGAUGGCCAAACUGACUCGACCUCACCAUUCCUCCGAGCUUGGAUGGCAGCAUGCAGCUCAGUUGAAACAGCUACGAUAUACGUUCCUUUUGGGACGUUCUUGAUAAAACCUAUAAUUUUUAGUGGGCCAUUCAAGGGAAGAGUAUUUUUCAGGAUUGAUGGAACUCUUGUUGCACCACAGGACUAUCGUGCGUUAGGGAACUCUGGAUGCUGGAUCUUGUUUCCUGAGGUAUCUAUGGUAUCAAUCCGUGGUGGGACAAUUGAUGCGAGGGGAGCUGGCUUCUGGGAAUGUCGAAAGAGUGGCCGUAAUUGCCCAGUUGGAGCCAAGAUACUGAUGAUACUCAAAAUGAUUCCCGAGCAGGAGCUCGGGAACGGAGGUCAAACAUGGAGGUCAGGUGUGCUGAGCUCAAAAAGUCAGAGCUAUGCAGAGCUCAGAAAGUCAGAGCUAUGCAGAGCUCAAAAAACCAGAGCUAGAGCUUCCCUCAAGCGAGAUAAUAAGCUGAAGUAA